GAAUUUUUGCAAGAUGAUACACAUGCCUUGGUUUCCUGGGAAUGUGAUUCCUGUGUUUCCUUGCCAAAAAAUUUCAUCAAGCCCUUGUCAUUGUCAAAGUUCAUGCGAUGUGGAUAGCCAGAAGUUCCACUUCCACCAAUUCACAGUUGCACUCAAAAGGUUUUAAACGGCAGUCUGUAAGAAAAGCUUAACACCGUUAGGCUCUAACCAAUCAGUAGAGUGGGUGUGAACGGCAAGUGGGUUAACAAAAUUAAACCUUCAUUCUCCAAAACUUAAUCAUUCAGUACUUUUCAGACAAAUUCCACAGUACCCGGUAAUCCGAAACCACACUGGCACUGCCUUCUCUUUUUCUCCGAGACAAAAGAAAAUGGCGACGGCGAAGAGAUUAGGUCGUGAUCAUGGUCCUUUUCUCCUUAUUCUGAUGCUGAUAUAUUUAUUUACUUCUGAAGUAAAUCAAACCCUGGCUUUCAACUCUCCUUCUGCCUUUGUUCAGAACGUUAUCUAUUCUAACAGGAUCGCCAUCUUCUCCAAAUCCUAUUGCCCGUAUUCAAUACGUGCUAAGCACAUGUUCAGCGAGUUACAUGAAAAACCUUUCGUUGUGGAGCUUGAUCUUCGAGAUGAUGGAGCAGAAAUCCAGAAUGUUCUUCUCGAUCUAGUGGGUAAGCGCACGGUACCACAAGUUUUUAUCAACGGCAAGCAUAUUGGUGGUUCAGAUGAUACCAGAGCUGCACUUCAUAAUGGUGAACUGCAGAAACUUCUUGACGUAGAGAUGAUGAAAUAUUAGCAUAACCAUCUCAGGAAAGCUACAAGUUUUGUUGAAUUUGUUUUGAAGGGCCAAAUGUAAUUUCGCAAUAUGGGACCAGACAAAAUGUUCAUUAACAUUAUUAAAUCUAUAACGAUAUUACUUUGAUGAAUGUUCAUUUUACCCCUUUUGAAUCUGUCA